GCAAAAAUAGGACAAAAAGAGUUAAUCUGACAAAACUACCCUUAAUGAUCUCAACUAGUAUGUUCGCACCGCUGAUUCAUCCAUCAAGCCACUGCACUCAUCCUCCUGCACACUUCGAUGAAGUCAUAUGGAAUUCUCUGAUGAAGUCAGAGUGCAGGAGGCGGAAGAAGAAUAAGAAGAAAAGAGGAAGAGGAAGAGGGAGAGGAAUACCUGAUUUUGCCGGAGGAACCGUUGAAGUGGCGGCAGCCGGCAUGGAGCAAACGGCUGAGAUUUUCGUGGUCGGGAUCGGUCGAUUUCCCUCAAGCUGCGUCCAUGGCAACUGAGUCGGAACGGAAGGCUGGUUGUAAUUGCAAGUGUGUAGCAAUCCAUGGAAGAGAAUCGGGGAAUGUGAUUUUGGGAUAAAGGGUAAAAGUGUAAU